GCGACCGUUUUCGCACUAAUUUUUCGCAAUGCCUGGCGGAAAGGGAAAGUCUAUCGGUGGAAAGGGCGGAAAGGGUGAUGCUGCGGGGAAGGCCCAAAAGUCUCACAGCGCAAAGGCUGGUCUGCAGUUCCCCUGUGGUCGUGUCAAGCGUUUUUUGAAGAACAACACCCAGAACAAGAUGCGUGUCGGAGCUAAGGCUGCUGUCUACGUGACCGCUGUCCUCGAGUACCUAACUGCCGAAGUCCUCGAACUGGCUGGUAACGCCGCCAAGGAUCUCAAGGUCAAGCGUAUCACCCCGCGCCACCUGCAGCUCGCCAUCCGUGGUGACGAGGAACUGGACACCCUGAUCCGCGCGACCAUCGCCUUCGGUGGUGUUCUGCCCCGCAUCAACCGUGCGCUCCUCCUGAAGGUCGAGCAGAAGAAGAAGGGCGGCGCCCUCGAGUAA